GCGCCGGCCGCCAUGUCGCCCUUCCUGCGCAUCGGCUUCUCCAACUUUGAGAUGGACCCGGGUCUGGAGUACCACGAGGAGGCGCUGGAGCCCUACUGCGUCGUUUACAUGAAGGAGGCCGUCGAUACAGAAAAGGGCCAGGUGUACAAGCAGAAGAAGCCCACCAUGUACCCCCCGUGGAGCACCACGUUCGACGCGCACGUGCAUGGCGGGCGCGUCAUGCACGUGAUGGUGAAGGACCGCACGGCCGAGCUCAAGUGCGAGGCCACCGUGGCGCUGGACUCGCUGGCCGCCCGCUGCAAGAAGGAGAGCGCCAAGCUGCACUUGUGGUUGGACUUGAAGCCGCAGGGUCGCCUGCUGAUGGAGGCCAGAUACUACCUGGAGCUCAGCGACGCGGCGGGUCAGGCCGAGGGCGAUUCGGAGCGCCGGGGUCUCUUCGCCCUCCACCACCGGCGCGGCGCCAUCAAGCAGGCCAAAAUUCACCUGGUCAAGCGUCACGAGUUCAGCGCCACCUUCUUCCCGCAGCCCACCUUCUGCUCCGUCUGCAAAGACUUUGUCUGGGGUCUCAACAAGCAAGGCUACCAGUGCGGACAGUGCAACGCGGCCAUCCAUAAGAAAUGCAUCGACAAGGUCAUCGCCAACUGCGCGGGCUCGGCCAUCGACAGCAAGGAAACCAUGAUGCAGAAGGAGCGCUUCAAGAUCGACAUGCCGCACAGGUUCAAAGUGUACAACUACAAGAGCCCCACCUUCUGCCAGCACUGCGGCACCCUCCUGUGGGGGCUGGCCAAGCAGGGGCUCAAAUGCGAGGAAUGCGACAUGAACGUCCACCACAAGUGUCGGAGGAAAGUGGCCAACCUGUGCGGGGUCAACCAGAAGCUGAUGGCCGAAGCGCUGGCCGGCAUCGAGAGCCGCCAGCGGCUCGGCGCCGGAAACGCCGGAAACGCCGGCCCGCCCCAAACGGAAAGCCCUUCGGCGGGCAAAGAAGCGUUGGGGGUUUCCUGGGAGGGGCCGGCGCUCGAGGCGUCGGAGGAGGAGGAGGAGGAGGAGCCUACUUACGAUUUCCCUCGGCAGGAGCAGCCCAAGUUUUCCAUCGACGACUUUGUCCUGCAUAAGAUGCUGGGCAAGGGCAGCUUUGGCAAGGUUUUCUUAGCCCAGCUGAAAAGGAGCGGCGGGUUUUACGCCAUCAAGGCCCUGAAGAAGGACGUGGUUCUGAUGGAUGACGACGUGGAGUGCACCAUGGUGGAGAGGAGGGUCCUCUCCUUAGCCUGGGAAAACCCCUUCCUCACACACCUGCACUGCAGCUUCCAGACCAAGGAGAACCUGUUCUUCGUCAUGGAGUACCUGAACGGAGGUGACCUCAUGUUCCACAUCCAGAAGUGCCACAAGUUCGACCUGCGCAGAUCCACCUUCUACGCCGCCGAGAUUGUCUGCGGCCUUCAGUUCCUGCACUCCAGAGGAAUCAUUUACAGGGACCUGAAGCUGGACAACGUGCUCCUGGACUCCGAGGGACACAUCAAGAUCGCCGACUUUGGCAUGUGCAAGGAAAAGAUGUCGGAGGAGGCCAGGACCUCCACUUUCUGCGGCACGCCGGACUACAUCGCUCCUGAGAUCCUGCUGGGCCAGAAGUACAACAGCUCGGUGGACUGGUGGUCCUUCGGCGUCCUGCUGUACGAGAUGCUGACGGGUCAGUCCCCCUUCCACGGCCGAGACGAGGAGGAGCUCUUUCAGUCCAUCCGCACCGACGCCCCCGCCUACCCCCGCUGGCUGAGUGCGGACGCCAAGGACAUCCUGAUCAAGCUCUUUGUCAGGGAGCCCGACGAGCGGCUGGGGGUGAAGGGAAACGUCCGGCUGCACGCCUUCUUUGGCGCCACCGACUGGCGGGCCGUGGAAUGCCGCAAGGUGGCGCCGCCCUUCAGGCCCGCAUUGACGUCGCCCGACGACUGCAGCAACUUCGACAAAGAGUUCAUUGACGAGAAGCCGCGCCUGUCGUGCGCCGACCGGGCGCUCAUGAACAGCGUGGACCAGAGCAUGUUCCGCAACUUCUCCGUCGUCAAUCCGGGCAUGGCUCACGCGGCGGCGCCCUGAGCGCCCCCCCGCGCCGCCGACCGGUCAGACUCCAUCCAAUGGGCGCUUCAUUUCGGGACGUGUGUCUCUUUGGCCAAGUAAGAGCAAAAAUGACCGCGGUCGGCUUCACCUCGGGGUCUUUGCCAUCUAUGCGCCUCCUUAUCGGGGGGCCGGAAUAUGUCUGCUGCGGUGCU